GCCAUUUCAAAUUCCGCUGCCGCUUUUCACAGUCGGAGUUAGGGCGGGAGCCACUGAGCAAAAGAAAUGGAAGACCCGCCUCCUUCUUCAUCACCGUCCGACCUCACCACCCUCCACAGACAAGUGCUUGAGCUUGAAGCGCUUCUCGAUCGAAUCCGCCGAGACGAUGAUUCCGAUUCACCGGCUUCAGAUUCCCAGGGUUUACUCAAAGACUGCUUUCGGUUUCUCGAGAGUAGAGUUGAAAAGAUAGUGUCUGAUUGCUCUGACGUUGGUCUUUUAGGGGAUCAAGAUUUCGAGGCAUACGUGGGACGUUUCGAGGAGGAGCUUAGUUCUGUGGAGGCCGAGAGCGCUAAGGUUUCUGAUGAAAUUGAGGGUCUUGUUAGAACCCAUGAGGAAGAUUUGAAUCGGCUCAAUGUUGAUAUUGGGCAGGUGAAAUGUUCGUUGGAAUUUGUUGGAUUGCAGGAUCUGGACAAAGAAAAACUGGUUGCAGAUGUUGAUAUAUAUGGAAAAUAUCAGUUGGAUCCAAUGGAUGUGAAUGAAGAAAAAUUCAAGCUACUGGAACUUGAAAAUCAGAUUGACAUGAAUCAUAUAAUAUUGAAGUCUCUACAAGAUUUGGAACAUAAACUUAAAUGGCUUGACGCCACUGAACAGUUUGAAGAUGCAUUUUCAGGUAUCAAGGUCAUUUCAUUUGAGGAAAGCUGUAUUAGGUUAUCACUUAGUACGUAUGUUCCAAAGUCAAAAGGUCUGUCCCAACAAAUAAUUGAAGAUACCACCUCUGUGAAUCACGAGCUACUAAUUGAACUGGUGGAGGGGACUAUGGACUUGAGCGAUGCUGAGAUUUUUCCAAAUGAUGUAUGUAUAAGAGAUAUUCUUGAUGCUGCGAAGUCUUUGAGUAAAUCUUCAUUGCAGUGGUUCGUAACGAAAGUGCAAGACAAAAUUGUUAAGCAGCAUGGGGCGAAUAGCGGGAAAUAA